AUGAAGCCGCGCUAGCGCUAGAAGGGCGAAAAGUUGCGAGGCCAACUUGUAAUAAACAAGCUCUUGCAGCGCGACACGGCGUGGCGCCUUGCCGACGGACCCGGACCAGCGCCGCCAGCGCGGGGUGGAGCGGCCGAAGAUGCGGGGUCUGACGCGGGCAGGCAAGAGGGCCAGCGAGAUGGCCUUCAAUGCCGGUGGUGGCGUCAUCAACUGGUUCCCGGGCCACAUGGCUGCCGCCUCACGCGCCAUCCGCGACCGCCUCAAGCUUGCCGACCUCGUCAUCGAGGUUCGGGACUCCCGCAUUCCAUUGUCCUCAGCGAAUGAAGACCUUCAACCGGUGCUUUCAGCUAAGAGGCGUAUCCUUGCUCUAAACAAGAAAGAUCUAGCGAAUCCCAAUAUGAUGAAUAUGUGGCUUGAUCAUUUUGAAUCACGUAAGCAGGAUUGCAUCUCAAUAAAUUCACACAGUAGUAAUUCGAUUAAUCAGCUGCUUGGGCUUGUGGAGUUGAAACUAAAGGAAGCAAUCUUGAAAGAGCCCACACUUCUUGUUAUGGUUGUUGGUGUCCCUAAUGUUGGAAAGUCUGCUCUCAUAAAUUCCAUACAUAGAAUUGCCCGUUCUCGUUUUCCAGUGAAUGAUAAGAUCAAGCGGGCUACGGUAGGACCACUGCCUGGUGUUACUCAAGACAUUGCAGGAUAUAAGAUUGCAAGCCAGCCAAGCAUUUAUGUGCUUGAUACACCAGGUGUUCUGGUGCCAAGCAUUCCAGACAUGGAAACGGGUCUAAAGCUUGCUCUGACAGGAGCUGUCAAAGACUCAGUGGUUGGAGAGGAGCGUAUAGCAAAAUAUUUACUAUCUCUUCUUAAUAUUAGAAAAACCCCUCUACACUGGGAGCGACUGCUGCACAGAAGAGAAGAAUUUGAUGAGGAGCCAGGACACAGUUGUGGAAAAGGCUCUAGAGAUUCACUACGCAGGAGGAAACGCAUUAAUAACUCUGAUGCCUUAUAUGUUCAGGACUUAGUGAUGGAGGUCCAGGCAACGCUGUGCAGCACAGCUAUGGAAUUCACAGGCAACAUUGAUGAAGAGACUGGGCUGGAAAGUCUGAUUGACGCACAGCUCCUUGCUCUUCGUAAGGUGUUCAGAAUUCCUCACAGACCACUUGAUGAAUCUCAUGGACCGACAGCCAAGAAGUUGUUGACUCUAUUCAGAGCAGGGAAACUCGGCCCAUUCGUCCUCGACGACCUUCCUGAUGAGAUAAAACAGUAAAAGGAAGAAAGUUCUUCGUUUUGCUUAUACACAGCUAAGGCUCUCCAGUGGAAGAACAGUUGGCAUGAUACGGCUGAAUGGCCAGCAAUAGCUUUGUUGUGCAUUUUUUGAAGCGAUGCAAGAUGACACAAAGCAACGUGCCAAUCAUGGAGAUGCAUGCCGUCUUUGGGGAUGCAUGUUAGCCACUUUCAGUGAGCAGAAGCUUACGACGGUUUAAUAACAAUAUGCUUUUCUCUGUGUGUUUGUAGAGUUAGCUGCUGAUGUCGGCAUAGAUUCAUUUCUGCCUGUUUCAGAAUUGAAUUGUUCGACUUUCGCUUGUACAUUUUGUGGUCGGUACUUUUUAUGGUUACUAGUAGCAGUUAUGAAUGCCGACCUGCUACUACCAUUGCAAACGGACAGGGCAUGUGGGUCAUUUAAUGUCAUACCGACCGCAUUUAGGGUCGUUGCGAGAUUCAAAAGACACCCACACACACGUCAACGUUCGAUCUUGUAAGUGUGAAUUUUCAAGAAGAUAUAUUUAUGCCCUGUGCGGAAAAGACAA